AUGACCUUUUCCCUUUCUCCAUUUCUUUUCCUUGACCCGGCGAAACUGAUAAACCAUCCACCGCCCCCCUGUCUCCCACAAUGCCUGCAACUGAGUUUCAGAGCUCUUUCCUCGGCCGAAUCAGCAUCCGCCGAAACCAAAUCGCUUCCAUGGAUGGUCACCACGAGCAAGACCUUGAGGACCUUGACCUCUUCCAGAAGCAUAUCGCCGAUCGAUUUGCUGAGCUUCUCUCUCCCUCUUCUUCUUCCGACGAUCACCGCCCCCAAGAUUCCCUCCUCUCCAUCUCCUGGCUUAGCCAGCUCCUUGACGUUUUUCUCUGCUGUGAGGCUGAAUUCAAGGCCGUCCUCAUCAUGGGUCGCGACCCAUCUCAGAUUUCCAAGCCCCCUCUCGAUCGAUUAAUUCCCGAGUUGCUCGACCGCGUUGUCAAGGCCUUGGACAUCUGCAAUGCCGUUUGCGUUGGUAUUGAGUCCGUUAGGCACUACCAGAGGGUUGCUGAAAUUGCGGUUUUUGCUUUGGAGCACAAGCCGUUGGGUGAUGGGAACGUGAGGAGAGCUAAAAGGGCUCUGACCUCCUUGGUUUCAGGCAUCACCACUGAAGACAAAGAUACCGGCGGUAACAAGUCCACAGAGCGGACCUGGUCCUUUGGACGCAGAGGCGGCAGCGGUGCGCCCAUCAAGGGCGGACCCACGGGCCACUUCAGGUCGCUCUCGUGGUCAGUGGCUAAAAACUGGUCAGCCGCGAAGCAGAUUCAAGCCAUGUCGACCAAUCUGGUUGCACCACGUGGAGGUGAAUCCUCUUUUCUAGCUUCACUUGUUUACGUCAUGAGUACAGUGGUGGUGUUUGUCAUGUGGAUAUUGGUGGCUGCAAUUCCUUGCCAGGAGAGAAAUGGGUUAGCCACGCACCUGCCGGUGCCUAAGCAAUUGAGCUGGGCACCCAGCUUGAUCGGAUUGCAAGAGAAAAUUGGCGAGGAGUGGAAGAAGAAGGAGAAGAAAGGAUCCGCUGGGUUGCUUGAAGAGAUGCAGAGGAUUGAGAAGUUAAGCCAGUGUUUGGUGGAAUUGGUGGAUUCUUUCCAGUUUCCCCUGGAGGCUGAGAAGGAGGAAGAAAUGGCAACAAAGGUGGCAGAGUUGUCGGCUACCUGCCGAAAAAUGGACGAAGGGUUGAUGCCUCUUCAGGUACAGAUUAGGGAGGUUUUUCAUAGGAUUGUGAGGAGCAGGACAGAGAUUCUUGAAGCUUUAGAGCAAGCUGGAAAAGUGUCUGCACCUGCAAUGUAAAACGAUAAAAACCGAUUGCAGGGAA